UGACGGGCGACACAGCAGCUACUGGCUUCUUGCUGCUAGCACAUCUUUCCUUCUCUUGGGUGAAUGAAGCCUGUGGAUCCGUCUCAGUGAACGCAGAUCGCUGCCAAGGAUGAGUGAAACUACAUCGACCAACAUCUCUGUUGUUCAAGCUGAUUCAACAGACAGCAUACCGGUUUCUUCCACACGAUAUUCACGAAUGACAGAUCCUAGUUUCACCAAGAGGAUUUGUUUCUACAAAAGUGGAGACCCGAGGUUCAAUGGAAUCAAAAUGGUUGUCUCCAACCGAUCCUUUAAGACAUUUGAUGCUUUGCUAGACAGCCUCUCCAAGAAAGUUCCUCUACCUUUUGGAGUUAGAAAUAUAACAACGCCACGUGGAAUACACCACAUAACCACUCUAGAAGAACUAGCGGAUGGUAAAUCCUAUAUUUGCUCCCAUCAAAGAAAGAUAAAGCCUAUUAACCUUGAGCGAGCCAGUAAGAAGCCAUUGCUGUGGCAAAGUAGCAGGCCAAUCAGUGCUCGACGCCGGGUUAGACAGCUUACUCGACAAAAUGAAGUUGCGCCAUUUCAAAAAGAAAAUACUGUUGUGCUUGGAAGCUCAAAGAACUUUGUGAUUUUCAAAAAUGGAGAUAAAGAGUGCAAACACAGCUUAGUGCUGAACAAGAAGUAUAUACAAAACUUUGAUGUUUUUCUGGAUCAAAUUUCAGAUGUUAUGCAAUUUCCAGUAUACAAACUCUACAGCACUGAUGGAAGGAGAAUUCUUAGCACCCAUGCUCUCCUGCUGAGUUCUGGUACAAUAGUUGCAGCUGGACGAGAACCUUUUAAGCCAGGAAAUUAUGAAUCUGAGAGGGAAUUUCUACCUGCUAAAUUACCUGGGAUAUCCCAUCGCGUAUUUCCUAAAUCAAGAUCAAAGCAAGAAAUGAAAAGCCCUGGAAAAUGGAAGGUGUCUGUUUUCACUAGUGAAAUGCCAUUAGCCGGGACCACAUCUCAAGUUUACAUCAUAUUCUAUGGACAUCUAAGAGCAUCGGCGCCAGUCUUUCUUUACAGUAAUGAAGAAGAUAUAUUCCAGAGUGGCCAUGAAGACACAUUUGAUAUUAGCAUAGGGGACAUUGGAGAAGUAUAUAAAAUAAGAAUCGGGCACACAAAUUCUGGAGCUUCCCCAGGAUGGCACUGUCAAGAGGUGCAGCUGUUGAAUAUUUUUUCAAAUGAACAAUUCUGUAUCAAAGUAAAUCGCUGGCUUGCACGUGACAAGGAGGAUGGGGAAAUCUGCAGGGAGAUUCCCCUGCUUAGACACGAUCAUUCCAAACUCCCAGUUACAAAUUACAAAAUUGAGGUGGAAACAGGUGAUCUGUGGAAUGCUGGAACGGAAGCCAAUGUGUAUAUUGUACUGCAGGGGCAAUAUGGAGACACAGGCUCCAGGCAUCUGCAUAAAUCAAAUAAGCCAACUUCAUUUGCUAAAGGACAGACAGAUACCUUCUAUCUGGAAGCUGUUCAUCUUGGUGAUUUGCGUACCGUCAUCGUAGGCCAUGAUGGACUUGAAUCAGGGAAUGGCUGGUACCUGGAGAAAGUGAUAGUCCAUGAUGAAGUAAAAGACAAAGAAUAUACAUUCCUCUGUCACAGGUGGCUAGAUGAAGGAGAGGAUGAUGGAAAAAUUGUGAGGAAGCUAUCUGUCACAGAUGAAGCCGAUUUCCCAGCCAGGUACGAACUUGAAGCCAAGAAGAAGGAAACGUGGGCUGCUGAGAAGUGGAAGUAUCAGAACAAGAACUGUCUGCAGCUGUACUGUAGAGCAACCGGGAGGUUUAUCCGACUUACCUCAGAUGGCAAAGUGGACGCACUCGGAGACAAAAAGGAUAAACAUGCUUUGUUUGACGUUCUGGUAAAGAGAGGAAAGGUGCGUGUCUUCAGAAGUCAUCACCUCCGACAUCUUGCAUUGGCAAUCGACAAGGGAGUAGUCGCUGCAAUGGACAAUAGCGGCAUUCUGUGCGAGCUUCAGCUUCAUAUUCAGCCGAACCGGUGUGUUACUCUAGAAUCUACCAGAAUACCAGGGAUGACUAUUACCUUUAACAGUGAUGGUGAACCAGCUAGGGAUGACACCAGAGGCUAUGCAGACAUUGCUAAAGAAUUCUCCGUACAUGUUAAGGGAAUGUUCCACAGCGGUGCAGUACUCUUGCUAGCCACUAGUUGGAGCCAAGCCUUGUGUCUGAGAUCUGAUGGGUCCUGCAGCGGUGCUGGGAAACAGAAAGUGGAAGCCUACUGGAGGGUACAUAAGACAGGCCCUGCUGUGUGCAUGUUUGAAAGUGUAACCUAUCCUAGAGGGUUCCUGCAGAUUAAAAAUGGUAGUUGUAAUGGAGAAGGCACAGGAGAUGAGUACUGCCAAUUCAAAGUUGAGAAAAACUAUGAAAAUGGAUCCGUGACACUAGAAAGCAUAAGAAGUAAAGGAAUAUACAUUGGGCUACUUCCCAAUGGGUUUGCAAAGCCGAUGAUACACACAGGAGAGAAAAACAUAGUUUUUUACCCACAAGUUAUCAAAUUUGGCAGAGAAAAACCUAUGGGGACAUCUGCAACUCUCAGCCAGAAAACGGAAGAGCUUCUGCUCCAUGAUGAAGUAAUAGAAGAAACGCUGCACCCUGUGGCUCAGAGCCCAUCAGCGUCUCCCCCUUCAAGCAAAAGUGCUAGAAGACAGAGUAGCAAUGAGAUCCCUCCUUAUACAUCAAAUGACUGGAAAGUGUCUGUAUUGACUGGAACUUCUGGAACAUCAGCCAAUGUAACCUUGUGGGUGUAUGGAAGCAAAGGGUCCACAGGUCCUAUCACUCUUGGAAAAGGCAAUCAAGACAAUCUCUUUCAACCUAGACAAGAAGAUCAAUUUAAGGUGGAAAUUCCAAGUAUUGGCAACAUUUACAAGAUCAGGAUAGGACAGGAUGGAAGUGGAGAUCAUCAUGAAUGGGAGCUGAAACAAACACUGCUCCCACCAGGGUGUUCGGGCACUCGGGUAGAAGGUCACAGUUCACAGCUCGGGAACAGGGGGGGUAUUAAUGGCUCUCAAUUAAUGACCGGUAGGAAGAUGUCGCAAGAAUUGAUGCCUGGAGGCUCUUCCGCGUCGCGGGAUAGUGGGGACACCCAGUCGGAGCGAAGCGUGGGACCAUCUUUACGUUCCUGGACCAUCCCGAAGUUGUCCGCUGAGCUGCGCCGAAGGGGCAUCCCCUUUCCAGCAUCAGCAAGGAAAGCAGAAUUGUCUCGCCUGUUGAUGGCAGACGUACCACCCGUGAGCCAGGACGAGGUGUCCAUGGGUACCAUCCAGACUUCACUCACCCAACUACACGCCAUGAUCAACAGCAUGGCGUCAUCCAUGACGGACCUUCAGACCAGGAUGGAAUCAGUGGAAGCCCGGUCUGCGGCGGCAGCAUCGACGGCACCAACACCCGCAGAACCUCCAGCAGGGCAAUCCAGUGCUUCUGGUGGGUCAUCCCAGUUUCCCACAAUCGCCCCAUCCCAUUUCAUUCCGGCCAAUAUCAGACAGGACAUAUUGGAAGGCAAAGAUGUAAACCUAGCAUCCCUGCUCAUUGCUACACAUGAGGCCCCGGACAAUAGAACCAUUGCAUGUGGGGAGGUGUCGGUCAUCCUGAAGUCAAAAGAUGCCAGGCUUAACAGGAAACUGAACGUCACGGAAUUUGUACUAGCAUUUAGUUUAUACCGGGAUGUGAUUUGCACAGCCAACCCGCAUAGGAGGGCCGAGCUAGACUUGUACAUGUACAAGGUGGUCGAAUUGGGAUACAAAUAUGGCGGAACAGCAUUCUUCGACUACCAUCGUUCUUUCUCGGCCAAGGCAGCAGCUGCCCUGGUGCAGUGCCAGCACGUUCUGGAUUGGUCCAACAUGGACACAGAAUUGUUCUGUCGCCAUUUUGCAGGGCUAAAAGCCCCGACGUGCACGAUCUGCAAUUCCUACUCCCACACUACGGGGCUGCUCGCGCUCCCUCAAACCACAUUCGAAUGUGAUAAUUUGCAGUCAGCAGCCAGAGACCCAGAGGCGGUCACGCAGUUGAUCCAGACCGAACUAGACCGGGGCUACUUAAUAGGGCCGUUCAAUCAACCUCCCUUCGCAUGCUGGAGAGUCAAUCCAGUUGGUAUUGUGACUGGCAAAUUCAACAAUAAAAAACGCCUAAUCUAUGAUUUGUCCGCCCCACAUUCUUUACAGAUACCAAGCUUGAACUCCUUAAUUCCAUCCGAGGAGUUUUCCAUGAGGUAUGCGUCAAUAGAUGAGGCCAUACAGGUCAUCAUCAAAUUAGGCAAGGGCACCUUUCUGUCAAAAGCGGACAUCACGGAUGCGUUCAAAUUACUACCCAUCCAUCCUGAGUUAUGGCAGUGGCAUGGCAUGAAAUGGCAGGGUGCUUAUUAUUUCGCCAGCAAAUUGACCUUCGGGUCAAAGUCCAGCCCCUGGUUGUUCGACCAACUGGCCAGCGCGCUGCAUUGGGUUCUGACCAACACAUUCCGGGUUAAUCACGUCAUCCACUACCUGGAUGACUUUCUCCUGCUAGAAUCCCCAGAGCAAGUGCCUCUAGAUCUACAGGUCCUGCGCACGGCUUUUUCAGACCUCAAAGUUCCAUUGGCAUCCCACAAGGUGGAGGGACCCAGCACAGAGAUCACGUUUUUAGGCAUUCGCUUAAACACAGUGGACAUGAAGGCCAGUCUGCCUCCAGACAAGCUGGCCAGAAUCAAGUCUGUGGUUCACAGACUAGCGCAAGUAAGGGUGACCACCAGGGCAGACCUUCAGUCACUCCUUGGCAUGCUGAACUUUGCUAUGCGUAUCAUGCCACAGGGUCUUUCCAGAGGCAGAUCUCUCCCAGACACCCGCCCCGUCUCAUGGCCAACUAUUGAUGGAGUAGCACCUUUUCUCGAGAUGGCCAAAAGUCUCAUGUCUGAUUCUCUGUCCAGCAACACACGGAAGGCGUACACGACGGCCUGGCGAUUGUUCAACAAAUUCAAAGUCACAUACCCUCCGGCUGGUGAAGGUCCUAUCACAUACCUGCUGGCGUUCACAGCUUUUUGCCACUCACAGCUAAAUCUAUCCUUCAGCACCAUCAAUCUGUACCUCGCUGGCAUACAGCAUCAUUGGUAUGUGCAGUUUCCGGACCAACCAUCACUGUUCACGGCUCACCCAAUCAGAUCCUUGUUGAGAGGCAUCCAGAAACAGUCCAUCAGGAGAAGACCCACUAGGCGUCCGUUCACCGGCAACAUGGUUAGGACCGUGUCCGACGCUCUGGCUAAUCACCCAUUCGGGCAGUACAUCAGCUCUCUUGUCCGGGCGGCAUUGUAUCUGGCGUUCUACGGGUUCCUCAGGCCAGGCGAGUUCACUUGUGCUAAAUCAUCAAGCAAGUUCUUGCGGAGGAACCAAUUGCGCUGGGACGGCACACUGCUCACCCUCAGCUUGGACUCCAGCAAGACGGGCCGACCUGGGGAAUCCGUGCAGGUGUCUGAUGUCUGUUUUCCAGUUGUGAAAUACAAGAUCAGCGUCUACACAGGACAUUUAGAAGAAGCAGGAACUGAGGUUCCAGUUUAUAUCUGCUUGUAUGGAGAGCGAGGAGACUCAGGAAGAAGAAUCUUGUCUAGACCGGACUUGUUACGUCCUUUCCAACAAGGGCAGGUUGACGUGUUUGAAAUUGAAGCUGUGUCACUUGGGAAGCUACAGAGCGUGCUCCUAGGCUGCGAGGCCAAUCACAAGUCACAGUACUGGUAUUGUGAGAAAGUAAUCAUCAGGGAGCAGGGCGAACUCUCAGAAUAUAUCUUCAAUUGUGAAAGGUGGCUUCCAUAUAUGUCUCAAGGAUCUCUUCAUUCAGAAAUUGAAUUGCUAAAGCAAGAGACGGAGCUGUCUUCUGAAGUGGCACACCCUACCAAAGCCAACGAAGGGGACUGGAAGAUCACACUUGUGACUGGCAAUUUUCCCAGUGCUGGCACCGAUGCUACAGUAUUUCUUCAUGUUUAUGGUACUGAAGAAAAUUCUGGCCCCAUAAUGUUGGGAUCAGGGAGUCAUCAACUGUUUAAUGCGAACAGUGCAGAUACGUUCCAGAUUAAUUUAAAGUCCUUGCACAAACCAUAUAAAAUACGCAUUGGGCAUGACAAUUCAGAAGACGAUCCAGACUGGUAUCUAGAGGAGGUCAAACUGCAUAAUUUGUCAUCUAAUCAAGAGUUCAACCUACCAGUAAAUCGGUGGCUUGGAGAGAAUCAUGAUGAUGGAGACACAUGGAGAGAACUUCUUCUAGGAACAGAUGCAAUGUCCCCCAGGCGGGCACCCCUCACCUUACUGGACUAUGAAAUCCAAGUUUACACAGGCGACAUAUCUGAUGCUGAUGCUGAAUCCUCUGUUUAUAUCAAUGUCUUUGGUACCAGAGGGGAUUCUGGGAAACGGAAAUUACAUAAAUCCAAGUUCCAAACUGCGAAAUUUCAGAAAGGACAGGUUGAUAUAUUUUGUAUUCAAGCAGUUUCAUUGGGGACACUGCAGAAAAUCCACAUAAACUGUGAUGGAAGCAAAAAUGGAAACGGUUGGUUCUUGGAUAAAGUCACUAUACAAUAUGAAGAAGACGGAAAUAAUCACAGCGUUCUGUUUCCAUGUAGCAGAUGGUUUGAUGAAAAGCAGGAUGAUGGGAGAACGGAGAGAGAACUCUUUGCCUUAGAAAGAGAAAAUCCAGAAGAAGACAUUGAAGGAAAACUUUGGAAUAUACAAAUAACCACAGCAAAUGAUUCCUUACUGAGCGAUGAGAUGAAAGUUAAUGUAAUUAUUUAUGGAUCACAUGGGAAAACAAAUGACAUUUUCCUACCGCAAAAUUCUGACAGACGGUAUUUCUUUCCUGGUUCUAAAGAUGAGUUUUUGGUAAAGAUCAAAGAUAUUGGAGAGAUAUAUAAGAUCCGCAUUGUCUGUGAUCACGUUCCUUCUGCGCCAGGAUGGCAUUUGACAAGUAUUGAGAUGGUAGAACAAGAAACCAGGCAAGAGAUGCAAUUUGACAGUAACUGCUGGCUCUUUGUGGAUGCUGAAGAGGCAGAAGUAAUAAAAGAAUUUCCACUCUUGAGUAAUCAACAAGAACUUAUACCUGUUAAUCAGUACAUUGUGUCUGUGCACAUUGGUGAUCACUGGGGAGCAGAGACAUUUGCUAAUGUAUAUAUAACUCUCUAUGGAGAGAGAGGAGACUCAGGUGCAAGACAACUGUAUAAAUCAUCCACCCCCGGAGACAAAUUUACACGAAACAAGGUUGACACCUUUGAACUGGAAGCUGUGUCUCUGGGUCAGCUAAGGAAAGUCGUCCUUGGACAUGACAGAGAAGGGUACGGAGCAGGAAUGCAUCUGAAGAUGGUCACAAUUAAAGAAUCUCAAGACUCUCUUACUGAAUGGGUCUUUCCAUUUUGGAACUGGUUGGAUAGCCACCUGGCUUUAUAUCAGACAGUCUGUAAACUGUACACAGCAGGCAAGAGAUUAUCAACAAGCCCCAUACCUAUCACUCAGCUUGGUGGCGUAUGGAUAAUUGAUAUUACCGGCUCUGGAUUUGAGAAUGCUGAGAAUCUGAACAGUUUUUCUCUUUCAUUUUAUGGUAAUGAGGGUAAAGUACAAGUGGAAACAACAAUUAGUGGCGACGAACUGCAGGUCAAGGAUGAACUACAAGUGGGCACCAUCUUUAAGGUUCAGGUUUCCUGGUCGCAUAUACAGGUGUUCAAGUCAUGGUAUUUAUCCUCAGUACACAUGAAACACACAGUGACGAAUCAGGAGAUGUGGCUCAGUUUUCAGUGCUGGAUGAUGCCUAAUGAAGAUAGAUGUAUUGAAAUCCCUGCGCUGUAUCCACAUAAAGAUCCCCUCCCGGUGGUGGAAUACACAAUUUCUAUACAUACUGGAGAUCAAAUGUCUGGAAGGAGCACCGGCCGAAUGUACAUUUGCAUAGAAGGAGAACAUGGAGAUACAGGAAAUCGAGUUCUAAAUGUGUCUGACGUUGAUAUAAUUUCUUUUACCAAAGGACAGGUGGAUCUUUUUACAAUUAAAGCGGUAUAUCUUGGACAACUCCAGAAAAUGACUCUUGGCUUCAACAACUUGGAAUCAGAUUCAUGGUUCCUGGAAAAAAUCGUUGUCAAAGAAGAUUACACUUGUUCCAGGCACACAUUUCAUUACAAUGACUGGAUCACAAGCCUUUCUGAGCAAGAAUUUACUGAAUCUGUAAUUAUGAUGACAGAAACCACUGUGGAACCGAGUAAGCUAAAUCCAUUCAAUACACCAACUAAUGGAAAAUGGCAACUACGAGUACUGGGUACGCCGACCUUAGAGAAGGACAUGGAUCUGUCCGUUGUUGUAUUUGGAAAAAAUGGGAAAUCUUCACAGCAAAGUGUGACAAACCUUAACUGGGAUCCUUUUCUGCUGAGUGUUGGAAAUAUCGGGAAUAUAAUAAAGGCUUCGUUCCUGUCCACGGGUCUGAGCUCUGAGAGGAGACUCCACUUACAGAAGAUUCGUAUGAGAGAUGUGGAUACCAAACAAGAAAUAGGUUUUUAUCCAGAUAAAGUGUACCUACCUGGUGAAGACUGCUCUGAAAAUGUGGCUGAAGUAGCAGCCGUCCUCCCCAAUCAACCACCAUUGGAUGAAGUGACAUAUUCAGUUUAUAUAAGGACUGGAGAUUUCCCUGCAUCUAGUACAGCCGCAGAUGUUUUUAUCACAAUAUAUGGAGAAAAUGGAGAUUCAUGUAAAAGAAGACUAAUAAACUCACUAACACCUAAAGUAUUUGGCAAGGGAAAGAUAAACUUUUUCAAAGUAAAGUCUGUGGACCUCGGCCCGCUCUCUGGAGUACAUAUCGAGCAUGAUGCUGUUGGUUAUGGAGCCGGAUGGUAUCUAGAUCAAAUUACCAUCCAGAAGUCAGAUAAGGCGGAUAUUAAAUACCUGUUUCCAUGCCGACGAUGGUUAGACACUGCAAUAAAUGACAAACAAACUGACUGUGAGUUAAAGCUCCUUGGGAAAUUCAGCAGAACUAAUGAAAAACUACUUACAUCCACUGAAGGGAUAAUGAAUAUCAUUGUGAUGACAGAUGAUAUUCCCAAUACUGGAACCAAUUCUACUGUGUAUUUAACAAUUUGUUGUGACCAGGGAAGUUAUGAACCAGUUGUGUUUGGCAAAGAAGCACUAAAAAAGGGAAAAUCCAUACAAACAGUAGAACUUAAUGGUAGUCUUGGAUCUAUCCAAAAAGUACGACUUGAAAUGGAAGACGAUGAAAAAGAUAAUAGCUGGUUUUGCAAAAUGGUGCAGCUGGAGCAUGUACAAAGUGGAGACAUUCUAGAAUUCCCAUUUCUUCAGACCUUUGGUAGUAAAGAAAACAAUUUAGUAGCUGAAUUACCAGUUUUGAAACCUUCUGGACCUUUUCUAACAGUAAAAACCUAUUACAUUUCUAUCAGCAUUCAUCAGGCUCCAAAGCCAAAUACAGACACAGAUUUGUUUAUCACCUUGUCCGGAACCAUGGGUAACACUGGAAGAAGAAGGGUUACAUGCAAGCAGAAAGCCUUGUCUUCUAAGACGGUUGGAUUUCAAUUGAAAACUGUUGACGUUGGUGUAAUACACAAGCUGCUCAUAGAGAAAGGAAAGCAAACUAAUUUACAGCUGGAGAAAGCCGUGGUGGAGGAAGGAUCAUUCAUCAAGAACAAAUACAUCUUUGCAGCCCAGCCAUGGAAGAAAGAAAAAACGAAUAUGAUAUCCAUGACUCUUCAAGUAACAGAAAUUAAGAAUGGGAGCAGCUCUGGUGCUCUUCUCAAUGAGAAUCAAUCUAUGACCUCAGAUGGGGAAUGGAAGAUUUAUUUAUUUAGCUCCAGUGAAGAAAUACAAAUUUCAGAAAUUCUACAAAAUAAUCUGCAGUGGAGUAUUGUGUUCUAUGGAGACAAAGGCAGGUCAAACCCACUGAGACUAGAAGAGCAAAACUUAGAUCAGUGGAAGUGGAAGGACCGGCUGACCUACAAGGUAAAUCUUUCACAUGAUCUAGGAGACUUAUUUAAAGUGAGGCUGGGCACUGUGAACUGGCAUGAAGAUCUGGGCCGGUUAUCUUUGCACCACUUAAAUAUGCAGAAUACAAGAACCUUGGAUACGUUUAACCAGUCAAUAAAUAAAACACUUCCUCUUUCAUUAAGUGGAGACAAAUGGAUUGAAGUCCCCGUAGAAUGGCCUCUAAGAGCCUCCCUUUCUGCUGUUACAUAUUCCGUGACUGUUUUUGUCUCUGACACAUCGGAGCAGAAAAAUAAAUUAAAUAUUGGUGUUUGUUUACAUGGGAAACAUGGAGACACAGGACAUAGAUAUAUAAAUUGGCAGCAUGUGAUCAAUGGAGAAGAAGAUGAGUCAUUUACAGCUAUAUUAGAUGCGGUUGAACUUGGGGAAGUACAUCAGGCUGACAUUUCAAUGAGCAGCAGUGACGAUUGCAAGCUGCAUAUCAAAAGGAUUCAUGUAAAGGAGUCUUCAAGGAACAAGCUCUAUGUAUUUAAUGUGAAUGAGAGCUUUUCAAUUCAGAGAGAAAAACCUGAGACAAGAAUAGAAGUUGUCAUUUCUCAAGUUGUCCGUGACCAGCAAGGAGAAACUGAUAAUGGCUUACUAUUAACCUCCGAUCCUACAGGAACUGUGGAGGAAAAUUUAGUGCAGCACAAGAUCAUAGUAUACACGGGUGAUAUAAGAGGAGCAGGCACCGAUGCCAAUGUUUAUAUCAUCUUGUUUUAUGAUAAUGGAUUCUCGAUUGGACCCGUCUGGCUAAAGGAGCCACAGGAAGAAAGCAAACCCUUUCAAAAUGGAAAGGUUGAUACAUUUAUAAUUGCAACAAAGACUAUCGGAAGAUUCUCACAUAUUGAAAUAGGCCAUGAUGGGAAAGGAUUGGGUAACGGCUGGUUCCUGGAAAAGGUGGAGAUUGUUGCAGAAUUUAAAAACGAAAAAGCGCUCUUCUCCUGCAACAGGUGGCUGGCUGAAGAUGAAGAUGAUGGACGCACAGUCAUACAGCUUUACCGUUAACUAGGAAUUAUCAAAAGACUGUUCUAUUUAUUUCUACCAGAAUCCAUCUGAUAAUUCUCUGAUGAUUUUCUUGUAAUCGCCUUCUCUUCAUUCAUUUGGACUGAAGACUAUGGAUCAGAAGUAAUAUUAAGUACCUACCUAGGCAAUUUUCAUCAGUGUUUUUGUCACUCUACUAUACCUAGUUCUCAAAUGUGCUCAAGUCUCCUAGUUAGUGUUAGAUUAGCUGAUUGCCUCCAUAAUCUAAUGAUUGCGUGUACUGCACCUACAGAACAUGUAUGAGAAAUCUGACACAACAAUAAAAUACAGCAGGAUGACCAAGGUGCAGCAUCCUCUGAUGUCAAGGACAGGAUAACCCAGGCUAUGCUAAACCAUGGGGACCCCAUCAAGACCGAUAGUCUUAUUCACAUCCCUUAUGGUUUUCAGAGAUCUCUGAGAUACAAGCUUGUGAAUAGCUACUAUAGAUGACAUACAUUAUAUGAGUAUAUACAAUGUGAAGUUUGGUUAAGAUAGCAUCUACACAAACACAAUGCAUUACUCAGAAUAUUUUAUUUUGCAUGGUCCACACUGGUCCACGUACUCAUUCAAAUUUUCAUCAGAAGUCCAUAAAGUAAGACAUUUUCUUUUUAUUUGUCCUAUUGGAGGUAAUUAAGAAUAUUGAUUAUGCCACUCAUUAACCUAGUAAUGGUAAUAUCAUAUAAUAACGUAAUAUAUGGCUCGUUGAUACACAUUAACCUCUCCUACAAAGAAGCUCCAUGUUCAUCUGAGCUUCCAUUAAGCAUAUUUGAUGAGCACUAACACCCUUUUAUUCUAGCCAUAUAAAAGAGACUGUCUUCUUGUGGUGUGACCUAGUAGUGGAAGGCAU